UCCUUUGGGUUAUAAAAGGUCUGGAAAUGCAUUAACAUGUUUUUAUUUUGUCAUCUAGAGGGGUGGAAUAGAGACAGAAAGAUUUGAUGGGACCUACCCGCUAUGGUUGUGGUCAAGAGCUUGUAUGCUAAUUCUCUUACUGGCAAGGAGACCAGGUGGUGACAAAAACCUAACCCAAAAGCAGACAAGGUUUUCUCUCAACAAGCUGAUGACAGAAGACUUUCUCCAGGUUGAUUGUUUGCCCCACAUGGUCCUCUGGAUUUCUUCAUACAAGUGGAGAGAAGCAGAUCAAAAGCCUGCAAGGAAAAAACAGGCAGAGGAUUGAAAAAAGGCACCAUAAAGAACCUACUCAGGCUCAGACUAUUUUCUGAAAAAGUUCUGCAAGGCAGAGGGGUUGAACAGUUGAUCACAUGCAGGAGCACGGGAUAGAUGGAGUACAGCUGACUCAACAACUACAGGGGAUUUCGGAGGGAAACAAUCAAUUGCUUGAAGGAGACGAUGUUAUCCAGCUUGUGGUGUCAGUCAGCCGGUUCCCACAAUCAUUGCAUUGAUGGAGGAAAAUUUUGAUAAGCAGGACUCCUUAUCUGGCUCCACUGCAAUUGAAUGACAGGAGUUGACUGGAAAUUGCAUUGUUUCCGGUCACAAAGCUGGCUGGACAUGAUAUCUUGCUGAUGUCAAAGGUUUUCUGAUGCAAUAGACGAUAAGAAGAGUGUGAAGGUUUUGCAAUGGAACAGGUAUGGUUGCUGCUCCUGCUGACGAUUAAAGUGCUUCCAGUGAUUGCUCAGUUCAAUGGAUACAACUGUGAUGCUAACCUCCAUAGCAGGUUUCCUGCUGAGCGAGAUAUCAAUGUUUUCUGUGGAGUACAGACAAUUACUAUGAAGAUAAAUUUUUGCACAGUUCUUUUUUCUGGCUAUUCUGAGACAGACCUGGCACUGAAUGGGAAACAUGGGGAUGCCCACUGCAGGGGCUUCAUCAAUAACAACACCUUUCCAGCAGUGGUCAUUUUCAUCAUCAAUCUGAGUACUUUGGAAUCUUGUGGAAACACUUUAGUGGUAUCCUCAUCUCGAGGUAUCAAUGCUUAUGGAAAUACCUCAGUGGUGCAGAUAGGAAAUGUUUCAGGGUACAUUGAUACACCUGACCCACCAACAAUCAUCAGCUACUUGCCUGGCCUUCUGUACAAAUUUAGCUGUAGCUACCCACUGGAGUACUUGGUUAACAAUACCCAGCUCGCCUCGUCAUCAGCUGCUAUUUCUGUAAGAGAGAACAAUGGUACAUUUAUCAGUACUUUGAAUUUGUUGCUUUAUAAUGAUUCAACCUACAGCCAGCAACUCCUUAUUCCAAGUACAGGUUUACCUUUGAAAACCAAAAUAUAUGCAGCUGUAAGAGCAACCAACCUUGAUGGCAGGUGGAAUGUUUUGAUGGACUACUGUUACACCACACCGUCUGGCAAUCCUAGUGAUGAUCUUCGAUAUGAUCUUUUCUUCAGCUGUGACAAGGAUCCGCAGACAACCAUAAUUGAAAACGGCAAGAGUCAAAUGGGCCGGUUUUCCUUUGAGGUGUUUCGCUUUGUGAAGCACAAGAACCAGAAGAUGUCCACGGUCUUCCUUCACUGUGUGACGAAGCUGUGCAGAGCAGAUGACUGUCCCUUUCUUGUGCCAAUCUGCAGUAACAGAGAAAGAAGAGACACUGGUGGCAGGACAACUUGGCGCCCUCAGAGCACAUCUGGCAAUGCUGUAAUCUCUGCUGGCCCCAUCAUUACCAGGAGUGAUGAGACACCAACCAACAAUUCAGAGCUCGCUCACCCAAACGGACCUCCUUUCCAGAUGAACACAGUCACCAGUGCGCUGAUUUCAGGCAUUGUGGUCCUAGGAAUUUCGAGCAUUUUCUUUUUUGUAUGUUCUCUAACCCUUCUGCACAGAAACUGGCCCAACAGCUCAGUCCUGAGUGGCAUCCGGAACCCAGUUUUCAACUGAAAGUGAUGAUUUGUUUGCACUUUGUGUUUGGGGUUGCCUUUCUGGUCUGUGAAAUAUGAUUCCAUUAAAAAGUAAUAUUAAGGCAACACUCCAGUGGUAUCCAGCUUCUGUUCCAGCUAUUCUAUAUUUGUAGGUUUGCUAGAUGAUAUUGUGUAGGUAAGCAGCAGUGAUGUUGGUAACAAGCCUAGAAAAUGUUGAGAAUCUCAAUUGUGUUUGCUAUCAGACUGCACGACGUUUGCCCAUGAAUGUGCUGACAAUAGAGCUCAUGUCUUCAUCUGCUCAGUAAGGUCUAAAAGCUGAAGAGGCUGCAGAUGAGAACCUUUCCAAACAUGCCACUGUAAUUCAAAGACUGACAUAUUCAGAAAAAUUCGUAACUUCAUAAACACCUAGUAAAAUAAGGA